UCUAACCAGCAGAGAAGAAAUCAACCAUACUAUCACUUUUCAGUUGUGUGUCUUUUUUUAAAUAUUGAUGGACUUUUUUUUCUGAAAUAUCUGGAAAUGACAGGGCUACGAAUUCAGUUAGUUUGCUUGGUACUGCUGGCUUUUACCACUUGUGGGAUGUGUACAGAUUCAGAAGAGGAAAUAAAAGCUUUAGAAGCAGACAUGUUCAAUAACAUAUACUCUUCAAAGGUAAAUAAAGCAAGACUUCCAUAUUGGAAAAUGACUUUGCUAAAUGUCUGUAGCCUUAUUAAUAAUAUUAACAAUCAAGUUGAGGAAACAGGAGAGACUGCUGAAGAAGACACCAUACUAAGAAAACAGUAUCCCACGUCUAUGGAUGGUUUGAACUUGGAAGCAAUGCUGACAAUGUUUCAACUUCAAAAAAUAUGCCAAAGCAGAGCUUUUCAGCAUUGGGAGUUACUCCAACAAGACUACCUGGAUCCCAGCAAUUCAAACCUUGAAAAAGAAGAGGUGAUGAAGAGAAAAACUCCUUACAUUUUCAAAAGACAGACACAUGCAAGCAAAGCAAGACGACCCUACAUACUCAAACGAGGCUCAUAUUACUAACAGAUAAAAACUCCAUACACAUGUAUUAAAUUUAUAUGUAGCUGUGAUUUAUGGAUAUUUUACUUAAAAUUAAAAUGAUAUGUGUUACAAAUAUAUUUAAAAUACAACCAUCAAUAUAAAUGUAUUUUUAUUCAUGUUGUUUAUUCCAUGUGACUUUUUUCUUGACUUAAACAUUUUAAAAAAAUAAA